UGAAAUUCCAACCUAAAACCUACAAAUAUUUUCUUCUUGGGAGAUUCCCAGAUUCAACUGAGAUUUUUUAUGGUGAGAGGAAGAUUUGUUUACUUGAUGUUUGAGCUAAAAGUAAAUAAAUCCAAGAUUUCAUUAGCAGAAUCAGUUACUAAUAAAAAUACUAUAAACAAGACCCCAAAGUGAAGAAGCUACACCAUGUCAGUAUUGCAAGAGACUGAGGAGGGCAUUGAGGAAACAAUUACCGCAAUAGCAUGGGAAAAUAUUGGCAAAACUGCAUUACCUUUCAUAAGAAAGACAAAUGGGCAAUUGUUAACCUCGAAACAUUUACUAAAGGAUGUUCUUUUCAGAAAAGAAUUCGAGAUAUUAAAAGAUGAAAUAUUUGAUUUAACCUGUUCCCCCCGUUUACGCCGUUUUAAUGCAAGUAGAUUGGAAAACAGACUCUUACAUGAAACUUCUCUUGAAAUGUUGAACGUUUCUUUAGCAGACAGACCAAUUUGUUUACUUAUAAUCGAUGAUGCCUUUCAAGUUUAUACAAUCCUCAAGAGUUUCUAUAUAAUCAUCACAGAAAAGACAUUUCCAGAUCCAUUAUAUGGUUUUGUGUAUCUUGAGAGUAGCCCAACACCUAUACCAUUUUUAAGCGUGAAAAAUGUAGGUCUUGUAGUUCCGACAUGUUUCUUUGAAUGUCCACGUCUAAAGCCAAUAAUGUUUUCAUUAACUGACCACUGGGACCUGGUUAAUUUGAAAUUAUUAUUUAAACUACUCAAAAUCCGCAAAAACCUCUAUGAUAACAUAAAAGUAGUCAGACUGAAAAGUCUAUUAUCAAGUUACCCAGAAGCAUGUAAAAGCUACAGUGUCGCCCACCAGUUACCUGAAAUUGUUGAUGUUUCUGAAUUUACUGUAUAUGAUGACGAUAUAAUAAUUGUUGAAAAUCAGCCAGACUCUAUUGAAAUUCUCUCUUCGGAUGACGAGUCUAGUAAUACACAAGAACCAAAGAAAUUGAAUAUCAAAUUCACCUCUCAAAAAUUGGAUUUUUUUCAAGACAAGAAAGAUGGACAAGAAAUAUCACAUGAAGACACAAAGAAACAGGACAACCUUGAUAAAAGCCUAGCACUGUUACCACAACCAGCAAACUCCAACCCUACUAAUCAGCAGUUUGUUUUUCAAAAUCAAGUAACUAUACUGGACAUUGUUCCACAGGAAAAUCAAGAAUGUUUACCACUGAACACACAUCACAAUUCUGAUAGUGACGCAAAGUUGGGUUUUCAUAAGGUCCACAAAAUAAUAGCCGGCAACAGUUGGACAAAUUACGAUGUAGGUCUGCAAAGGUUCAGAGAUUUCGAAUACGAGUUUAUUUGUAUAAGCACAAAGCAAAAUCACACUAAAAAAGUUUUUUUGAUAAACUUAUCGGAAAUUCUUGGAAUAAUGUUUCCUAAGGUGAAAGUAGACAGUUUUAUGGCGAACUGCAAUAAGUUUUCAUUGAAAAUUUUUGCAUUGGAUACCCAUCAUAUAGAAUUUUUAGCAAGUUUCUAUGCACAGAAGAAACUGGUACCACCCAAAGACUAUUUCUAUUUGGAGCUUCGGAAAUUUUGUGAUGUGUAUUGGAGUUUGAGGCGAUCAGUUGAGGGAUGAUUAUUUGAUUGUUUUUUUCAAGAGUUUAGAAAGAUUAGUGCUAAUUUUUCUCUUAUCAAGGCUUUUUUCAUAAUUUAAUAUUUCUGUUUUCAUGUUGCAUAUUUAUGUAUAAGGAAAUAUUGGUUUUUUUCGUAUUCAACCUGUGAAACGAAAGCAUUUUUUUUUUUUUUAAUGUAUUCCUGUGAUAAUAAUUGUAUAGACUAAUAAUAAAUGUAUUGAUAAUUGUA